CAGCGACUGCGCCGACUGCGCGCCUCGCGUAACCGCGGAGUUGUUAGGCUGCCUCCGAUGCAGUUGGGCGAUUCUCCACGGUUCUAUUGCGCUAGGCUAUUUUCCCUACGGCGCGGGCCCGUCGGCGACCCAUGUGAUCCGCUCCCUUUGGAUUCAGAACGUGUGCCGCCCUGUUGAUCGACUUGACUGACCGUGAGGUGACUUCGGCGUGUUGUCCACUGUGUCUUCGACUGCACCUGCGUGCUUGAUAUCGGCAUUGUGCGCCGCUGUUGCAGCGGCGACAGUUACGUUUGCCUGCGCUUCGUCUGAGCGGCGUCGAGGGUGGUGUGCUUCAAACCAGCGCUUCAGUUGUGUCGCUGGUCAUUCUUCUCGCCCCGCGUCCCGCCAACUGCCAAAAUUCGUGUCAAAAACCGCAUCCCGCUUCCAGCCUUCCGGAUGGAACACGAAUCGGACGACAUGGACGGGGGGAGCGUGUCGAACCCCGAGGAGGAGGAGCUCAACGAGUCGGAGUACGGCGGCUCUGGCGACGACGACGAGGAGCGCCGGUCGCCGCUCGACGGAGAGUUGAGCAACGACGACGCGCCGUCGGACGUGCUCGCUCGCUACCACCAGCACAACAACAGUGGCGUCAGCAGCGGCAGUAACAACGGUGGCAACAACGGCAGCGUCCGCAGCAGCAGACAGGACGAUGGGAGUCCCGUCCCGCUGUCCAACAACAACUGCAACAGCAACCACUCAAGCAACACGCCCCCGGCCGCAAGCAAUGGGUCGGCGAUGGUGCACACGGGCGGCCUGUCCUCUGAGCCACGCAUCCCGGCUCCAAAUGCCGUGGUCUCUUCUUCGCCGGGUCCCCUGCGGGUGCCGGACUCCGGCCCGCUCAGUGCGCUGGCCGCUCGGGCGGCGGCGAGCGGAGCCACGGCGCUACUGCCGGCGGCGGCCAUCUCCGCGCUGCCGCUGUCCCAGGCGCCGCAGCUGUUCAGCCUGACCACUGGAGCACCGCACAUGAUGCACCUUCCGCCAACGCUGACGCCCCACACCACGGCCGUGUCCGGUACGCCGCCGGAACCCAACAAAUACGCGUUCGAGGAGCACUACGGGAAGCAUUUGUCCAUCUCCAACCUGGCCGCCGCCUGGAUCAGUGAGCUGACAAAGUCCAAUGGGGGCCCCCGCAGUGCACCAGCGGCGCGGGAUUCCUUCCCUGCGAGUGUCCCACGGGGGGAGCUUUUUGAGCCGGGAAAAACUACUGAAUUCAGCCGAGACUUUAAAGUGAGUCCCACUCCUAAAUCAUCUCGGUCAAGCCGCAGCGGCGACUCCAAUGGCCGUGUGAGCAGCAUGGAUGACAUCGGCAAACUGUACGAGCUAAGCGAUGACCCCAAAAGGAAAGAGUUCCUGGACGACCUCUUCAGCUUUAUGCAGAAACGAGGAACGCCCGUUAACCGGAUCCCGAUCAUGGCCAAGCAGGUACUGGAUCUUUUCGAGCUGUACCGACUGGUCGUGUCACGCGGCGGCCUCGUUGAGGUCAUCAACAAGAAGAUCUGGCGGGAGAUCACCAAAGGGCUCAACCUGCCAUCGUCUAUCACUUCGGCGGCAUUCACUCUGCGUACACAGUACAUGAAAUACCUGUACCCGUACGAGUGCGAGAAGGAGAAGCUGAGCCAGCCGGACGAGCUGCAGGCGGCCAUUGACGGCAACCGGCGCGAGGGACGACGCUCCAGCUACAGCCACUACGCAGAGAUGAUGUCCUCGGCCACGGCGGCGACACUCACGGGAUCCCGCAGCAGCAACCACCACACAUCGCCCAUCAGCCUCGUGUGCCGGCAGGCAAACGGACACGCGCCGCCACCUACGCAGCACCAUCCGGGUGGACCCUCGUCCGGUGAUGAAGAGAAUAGCCUGUCACUGUUCGUGCCGCAGCAGGAGGCCUUAAACCUGGAGGUUCCACGCGGUGGGAGCGCAGACCACAAAGUUCUAGAUCCACGAAGGCUCCUUGGUGAAUCGCUGGGUCCACCUGCCUCUAAGCGGUUUAUUUCUUCUGACGAAGACGGCCUUCUCGCCCACUCUAUGCACACAACACACAUCAAGAUGAACAGCAGAGGUGACGGCAGAGGCCAGGCUGACAAUUCCAUGUCUGUGACCAUGGAAGUAAAUGGCAUCAUCUACCAUGGAGUCCUAUACCCACAGUCACACAGAAACAGGCUCUCCUAGGUUGCACACCUGCUUGCAGCAAUGCUGGACUCUUUUUGGAGGCAGCCUGUCAACCAAAACAUUGACGAAUGAAAUGUGAGUGCACCAAGGACAAGAGACUGAAAACUGCUGCAUCCCCUGACAAUGGCAAAGCUGAUCUCCACUCCAAGCCGCCAUGUUGUUGUGUGCAGCUAUCUCUUCCGCCUCAAUUCUGCCCUGUGCGCACUGACAGCCCACUUGUUGGAAAGUUGUGCAUUGCGUGCGUGUAUGUGUGUGUGUAUGUGUGUGUAUGCAUGUUUGUGUGCAGUUGUCGAUAUGCACUUGCUCAUGGUAGCAGUGUCCUUUUUCUUUGUUUCUUUAUUUUCCAACGCUAUUGUACAUUAAAUUUUCAUCCUGGUUUACUUUUUUUUUUUGCUAUUUUAUGCUGAUAUAUAUAUAAUCUUUUACAUCAUUUUUUUUACUGGUUAGUAUACACUUCACACUGCAUCUGACUGGCAUCCAGUGCUUGUUCCUCUUUUGUUCUUCUUAAAGAAAUUCAUAUAGGAUUACUGCCAACUCCCUCACGUGCAUUUGUACAGUGACCUGCAUUUUUAAUCUAACCACUUUAAAUGAAGAUGCAGCACUUAUCACUGCUUCGUUCUCACUCAGAUUUCAUCAGUGGAUAGAAUUUUCGGUGUGUACUAUGACAACAAGACAAUUUUUAUCAUUGUUAGACUUUUUUUAUCCAAACUUUUAUUUGCUGACAGGCGAUUGGCACCCAUUGAUAUCUAUGCAGCAGAUUGCUUCUGCAUUGGAAUGGUGUGCUUACAAUGAAUAUUGCAAACAUUCUUUUAAUUAACCGGACAUGCAAGCAUGCCACCUACUUCAUUCAGCACCGAUAACCAAAAAAAAGGUUGAUGUAGAUUGGAAAUUUGAGAAAAAAAGCACAGGUCACGCUAUGUUGUUUCAGUAAAAACAACUUUCCUUUCAUAACUCUUCCUGCAGUAGCCCUGUUUGAAUGUGUGUAACUUAAGAUGUUUACGCUGUGCAAGCUUGAACAGCUGUGAAAUAUGAAAUUCUUCAGCACUUGCAAGCCAGUAUUAUUCGGGGGUACUGUCAUGGCUUGUCUGGAUGAGGUGUAAGAGAUUAUGAGCGAGGGUCCCACUAGCCUUUUUUCCCCUUAAAUGUUCCGUCACUUAUCAAAGGAAGACAGAUAAAACAGCAACAGUAUGAGACUACAAUUAUUCUUCUAAGAAAAAUCUGCAGUGAGAAAAUGAAAGGCAUGUUUUUUUUACAGUUAAACAAGUUUCACAAGUUCUGAGUGGUUCUUUUGAGUUCUCAUCUAAUAGCCCCUUUACCUGGAGGGAGUCAGGUGCUUUUGUUGGGAUGCAUUUUCUCUCCAAUCAAAAUUUCUGUAACACAUGUUUGCCACUAAAAUAAUGGACACAGAAAAGUAGAAAUACAGUCAAACCUCGAUAUAAUAAACAAGUAUAUAACGAAUUAUCGGAUAUAAAGAAAUAAAUGAAAAUUUCUCGCCAGUAAUAAUGUGUAGCGAAUAUAUGCUUAUAACGAAUAUAGGAUAUAACGAAUGUAUUUUCGUGUCGGAUACGACUUCGUUAUAACGAGGUACAACUGUAUUGACAACACAGCUGGAUACAGCACUAGGUGACAUACGUUCCUGUGUGUGUCCAUUUUACUAUCCUGUAGUUUUUAUUAAGAGUCGUGUGUCCAAGAGAUGGCAAGUUAUUGUAAAUAUACACAUUUUAGACACUUGCGUUCGUUGGAACACAUUGAAAAUUCGGAGAGAAUGUCUAUCCGUGAGUGAAUGAGGCAAAAAUUUCCACAUUUGGUAUUGCUCUCUGUGUUUUCUUUUUCUACGUUGACUUAGUAUUUUGUGCAUAUAUUUUUGCACAUUGCAUCUUCAUUGUCCUUCAACACUUGUUGCUCUUGUAGCAAAAGUACAUUUGUCUGGUGUUUUUACAGCAGACUAUAUAUCCAAGACCUCGCAGUCUACUGCAAGUAUAUGGAAUCCUAGCUUUCUCUUAGGCACAAUGCUGAUUGGAUUGGGAAAACAUUUAUUGAGCCUGCUGAGAAACUUUUGUGAGUGGCCCCGCAGACAUUGCUGGUGGUCCAAUAUAAGUUCACUCAAUGGUGCACUGGUUCAGUGCAGGACCUGGUUCAUUUGGUCGACACACUUAUUGAAUGUUGCAUUGCUCGGGGAGACUGGUAUAACUAGCUUGCCCAGGUUUACACUGAAAUUGCAGACACAAGUAACAUUUUGCAGUGAGUGUUGUUUAUGGCACAUUCAACUGGUUGUCUUAGAAUGCUCUGGCUCUGCUAGAAAAGUUGUGCAAGGCCACUUUAAAGCUGUAUUAUUGGAGUGUGCGGGUGUAGUAGUGGUAAGCUGGCUUCAUUAUCCCUUUAACUGGCAAGGUAAAAAAGAUUUGACCUAGAAUGGUUUUAUUGCUUAGUUCUUGUUUACUUUGCUCAAAUACAUACCAAUUGAAAUAUUGAACGGUUUCUCUAAAAACUAAGCGAGAUACAGUAGGUCAAAAUUAUUGUUGACCAGGUGGUAAAAAGUAAAUGUAUGGUCCAAAACUAGUCUCUGGCACUUGCCAUGGCAAGGUCAAUGUGUGUUCUUGAGAUGCACGGUUAUGGAGUUAAAAAAUAAGAGCUUGCUUAAAAAAGGGGGGGGGAAAAUCGCAUUGGCAAGAAUAUGACCCCCAACGACGAAGCCUUCAGGUUUUAUGACCAAUACAUCUGCUGCUGCUCAUGCUCGACAUUUUAGUGAAUACCACUGUUGAGCAGGUACAUAAAUAAAGCUAAAUUGAAAGGCACAAACUAAUAUUUGAAGUGCUGCCGCCGGGUACCUACCGGUAUAAUAGGUACAAGCGCGCUCCUGGCCUGGUGCUCGGCCAUUAUGGGACCUUAACACUUGGAAAGGGGUGUUUGACCUCAAACCGAAGGCGUUCCCACCUCAAUAGGUGCAUGGGGCGCCACAUGGAAAGUGACCGCCAUGGGAGCGGCCCAGACAUCACUUUUUUUCGAGCUCACGAGGGUUUCGACGGGAAUUCAGGGACCAGGCUCCUUUCCCAAGCGUAAUCGCCCCUGAAGGAAGCCGAACGCCAGGCCGGGGUGCGCUUGUACCCAUUUGAUCCUGUGGGUGCCCGGCGGCGGUGGGAAUCGAACCCACAACCUCCCGCAGCCGAGGCGGGCGCUCUACCACUAGGCCACGACUUAACCAUAAUGACCAUAACCCUUGGUCGUAUGGUCGUUAAAGCCAAGUUCCGUUUGCAAUAAAAUUGUUUGAUUUCUUGUGGUACUUUUGCAACAUUGCGAGGGCAUUCUCAAGCGACCAGUUGAAUGUGCCAGUAGCAUCAUGCUUGGAUGCAGUACUGUUAUGUGUGGAAGGACAAAUCACGUGAUAAUGCCAGACCAGAAAAGUAGUUGAAGGCAAAGCUGUUGUACUGAUGCAUGAAGGCAAAUGAGACGAGUGAUGCUUGCCUUGUUAAAAGCUUUGCUUUGAAGCAUGAACGAAAUAAACUAGCCCAUGAGAAUAUUCUGAGUUGGAAAAGUGGAUUUUCUCACUGGAAGAAUGGUGUACCAUCAUGCAUAUUGUGUUAAAUGCCACAGAGUCCACAUAAGAGCCGUGGAGUACAGACGGCUGGAGGGAAGAGGAAUUACACAUGGGGGGUGCUUUUAAAGACAUGCACCGCCAUGACCACAAGUGUCGCUGGGUAACACACAGAAGGCUAGAUUCAAUACACAUACACAAAUACCCAAGAAAAUCUUUGGGAGGAUGACUGCGGCAUUUGUUCAAUGGUAGAACAUGCAAGCAUAAUGUGGAAGAUAAGGGUUCAGCUCCCACCUGCGACAAGUUGUCUUUUCGUCUACUUUCAUAUACUUUAUCAUUUCUAUAUAUCAAUUUAAAAAAGAAAAUUAGUUGUCCCUGUGCUAUGCCUGGCUACAUUGUCUUCUGUCUUCAUCUAAUUGCAACAAACAAAAAAUCUAGUCCUUCGUUUCCCCUUAUUCUUCUUGCUCAUGUGCUUUUUCAUCCAUUCUAUGUACAACAGUCACAGAGGCAUGCUUUGCAAGAUUUUCUUCCAAAUUUUAGUAAAUAUCUUGCUUUCAUGAUAAGGCAUUCUUAUCCUUUGUUUCGCUUCAUCUGCAUUCUUUCUUCUACCACCAGCAGCCCCAGAAAGUAGUUUUCCGUCUUUUAAAAUUGUGUUAUGCAAUAAAUUGCUAGGGAGCUUAACAUGUAUCCAUAGCCCGCAGCUCUGUCAGUACAUUCUACGUGGUUUACUUUGUGCUAUGCUUUGUCUGCUCUGGAAAUGGUGGAAUGUUGAUGCUGCAUGACAUAUCAUCUAGCAAUCUAGCAAGAAUUGGGCAGCUGUGAGAAUAACCGUUUACAAGAUGGUAGCUGUCCCUUAAAACAGCUGCAGCUAUGGCAACUCAGUAUGGCCAUUGUCAGUGACAAUGUCUUUUUUAUUCUGCUCAUGUAGGUCUCGUUUUUUUUUUUUUUCAUUUAACCAUAAAUUUUUGUGGUCAUAUCUGCAAUACAAUUUUUUUUUAUGUCAGCAGAGGUCAUUGUCCCUGUACCAAAUACAAGUGAUUCCACAUAACCUUCAAAGCAAAGGAAAAUAUACAGGAAAAAAUACUAGACUUGUGAUGCUCGAUCAGAUGGGCCAAGGCAUCCAGGACGUGCUUGUCGACUUGCAGUUGCAGCCUGUUCAGCAAUUUGGGGGCCAUGGAGUGGCAGUGAGCGAACCGGGUUCUUCUAGUCAAGGUCCUCAGUUCAAUUUCUCGCCCAAGCCACUGCAUUUCUCACACUUGGAGUGGUGCUUGAAUAAAAAAAUAACAGAGAAAGAAAACGCUGCCAAGAGCCAGUAGGUGCAACCACAUUAUGAAAGCCCGCUGGGCUUUAAAAAGACACUCUUUGGCCAGAACCGAAAAAAUUGACCUUUGUCUCUUAACAAACCCUACAAUUAUUUGGGACCUUUGCAUUAAACUACGAGUGCAUCUUCAUUGCAGAAAUGCAGAAGUCCUAGGGCAUGUGGCUUUCGGUGAGCUCUGGAAUGAACUUAAUUUGCGGCAUGUCCCAUCUGGCGGUCUACGACUAUGUGGCAUCCCAUUCUGUCAGAUUCUUUGCCACACUGCUACACUUUCAGAGUAAAACUAGCAAUUUUUUUCUUUCUUUUACUGCGGUUUCCUGCUGCUAGCCUGACCGAGCAGCGUAUGUCACAUCUUGUCUUCUGCGGCCAAUGUACGCAGCCAUUGUUCUUUAUGUCGGUGCAGCCGUUUUGCUGUUGCGUGUUCAACUGAUAUUUAGUGUGGCUAUGUUAAAGCAACAAAGCAGGAAACCAUCUGGCAUGAGACCCUCAAAUGUACUUCUAGUGCACUUUUAAUGGCGGCGUAAAUGAAUGGAGCAUUUCUGCAGGACCCUUCAUCGCACCGUCAUGAUUGCAACAGAAUGUGAACUGCUUUAAACUUCUUGUUCCAUUUGGCACUGCAAGAAUAUGGGGGCAGUUGAAAGAAAAAAUAGUCUGCUCCAAAGUUUGUAUGCACAUAGUGCAUUGAUUUCUGAAAUGAAAGGUCUGCGAUUGAUUUAUGUACAGUGUAGACCGCUUAUAACGUAAGUCGCCGGAGUCGCGAAUAUCUGCACUAUAAGCGGUACCGCACUAUAACCAAAGCAACAAUUUUCAAGGCCCACACUCAUGCAAAGCAUGUGCACCGAGCCGCCACGCGUAUGCAACAGUCGAGGAAUGUGGCUAGAACGUUUGCAUUCAAUUUACAGUCGAAUCUCGUUAAUUCGAAAUAAUUCACGCGGCGGCGCCUCUGACUGGCAUUGCUCCGGCACCACCAUAGAGUAAAAGCUUAGGAGAGCCCCCUCAAUGUCGCGUGCGAACAAAACAACAACAACAACAAAAAAACAAAGAAAGAAAAGAAAAAAAAACGCGGCGGAAAUUUCGCCCUCUCUCAAAUGGCAAAGUCGCCGAUUCUGCGUUGCGCCGGAAGAUGCGUGUACGUGCCGACGUCUCAGCCACGCUACUGUAGCCACGCGUAGAAAAUGGCAGUGAACCCUUCAUUCUCCUUUAUGCUUCCUCUACUUUCUAGUCACGUGUUGACCUUGCACGCUGUGGCUACAGCGCAAAGGGAAGCAGCGGCGCUGUCCCAGGCCAGCCAGCGAAACUGCCCACGCCGGCAAACGCCCACUUCCCAAUAACUGCAGAAAGCAAAACUUCGGGGAGCUGGCGCCGGGCCAGCUGGAGCGGCGGCGCCUGCACGGCGGCGGGCGUGCACGGUGACAGUUGAAAGUGAGGAAGUUACGAGGGAGGGCGAGGGGAGCCACCGAAACGGCGGAGUUGCCGAGGUGAAAUCCGCUUCUCUGCGACCCUCCUCCCUCACAUUCCACGGUCUCCGCGUGCGUCCUUCGCUGCGCCAUGCCGGCGCCGCCCGCUCCCCGAAGUUUCGUUUACUGCCGUUAUCGUGAAGCGAGCAUUGGCCGGCAUUGGCAGUUUCGUCGCCCUCGCUCGCUAUGUGCGCCUGCGCGCCGUGAUAUUUCACGACUCGCACUCAAGAUUCUGGUUUCAGCCUCACUGGCUGUUCGUUCACACCACGUGCCCUUCUCCUCCACUUCAUCUCUUUCUUCCUCGAGCACUCCUUGGGGCGCCCGUUUGAGGGGAGCGUUCGCCGU